GUGAGGAUACUUGUCAACGGUCAGGCGGACAUCAACUACACCAAUUCGCGCAAGGAAACGGCUCUUCACUUCGCAGCUCAGAAGAACAGGAUGGAAUGCCUGAAGAUCCUGAUGAAGGAGAGACCGAACCUCGACAUCCAGAACAUAUCUGACGAGCACCUGAGAACCCCGUUGCACUUAGCAGCUCAGGGAGGGCAUGGAAUCAUCGUGGAAUACCUUCUUCAGCACCAUUGCAAGAUCGAUGCCGCAGACGACCAGGGUCAAACUGCCCUGCACAAGGCAGCGUAUGCAGACAAGAACCUUGUCGUGCGGAUCCUGCUCAACGCCGGGGCAGACACAACGGUCAAGGACCAGAAUGGAAAGACAGCG